AUGGGAAGUAUUUCACAAAAGAAGUCAUCUUCACAAACAGAAUUAGAAGAAUCACGCAAGGCGUUGUAUCACUUUGAGCAGUCCUUCCUCUUGGGCUAUUGCAAAGUGUUCAGUACCAAGAGACCCCAUGGUCACGCCAAUAUUUCUAGCUCGUCUAGUGUUCUUGAUUUUGGUGAUGAUCCAAAAGUGGACUUGGCAUUCUCUUCCACGACAAUUGAAAAGUUUUACCCAAUUAUUGUAGACAGUAAUAUUGAAAAUUUCAAUAUCAUUACAUUGUUAAAGCAUUUAGACCCUCAGACAGCGACUCAUUCCAGUAUGCAAGCAUAUCAUAUUAGGGGAAAAUGA